GAAUUUUUUUGUUCUUUCUAUUUUUUCGAGAUCAAUACAAAAGACAAAACAUACCCAUAUAAGAUUUCAAAGAAGCAGGUAAUACGCAAACCGCUCAUCGUUCGCUCACCCAUUAACCGCUAAAAUAUUCAGUUAGGCGAUAGCCUAGUAAAAUGGGUGCUCUAAAAGCUGUGGUGCUCAUCGCUGGAGGAGAUUCCAACGUCAGAGGCACAAUCCAGUUCGUCCAAGAUUCAAAUGGGGCAACCCAUGUCAAUGGAAGAAUAAGCGGACUCUCUCCUGGACUCCAUGGCUUCCAUAUCCAUGCUCUUGGCGAUACCACAAACGGCUGCAACUCCACUGGACCUCAUUUUAAUCCGUUGAAGAAGGACCAUGGAAGUCCUGGGGAUUCAGAACGUCAUGUAGGGGAUUUGGGGAAUAUCUAUGCAGGUCCAGAUGGGGUUGCUGAAGUUUCCAUUUCGGAUAGGCUGAUUUCACUUAAGGGACCUCAUUCGGUAAUUGGUCGGGCAGUCGUUGUGCACGCCGAUCCUGAUGAUCUUGGCAAAGGUGGGCACGAACUUAGCAAGACAACUGGAAAUGCCGGUGCAAGAAUCGGAUGCGGCAUUAUUGGAAUUCAAUCUUCUGUCUAAAGGCGAUGGUUGAGCUGGAAAAAUAAACAAGUAAUUGAGAAAGAUAAUUUGUUAGAUUCUCUCUCUCUCAUUACUUGUUUAGUAUUGUAGAACAUGCAGUUAUAAUAUGAAAUUAUUAAUAUCCAAAUGUGAAGUGCCAAAGAAGAAUCACUCAUGGCUUUGAAAGCCAUGCCACAUGUUAUAUAAAAUACUAUAGUUAUAAAAGAUAUGGUAUAAUUUUGUCACUCA